CAUACGCGCAAUAGGUCGAGUACCUUUCGGUAAUUUUUCCCCUUCCUCCCCUUCCGCUCUUUAUCGUUUUAACCAAACCCUCUCCCUUCGGAACCCUAGAAAUCCCUCCGUCCCAAUGGCUCCCAAGAGACGAGUCGUCAAAACCGUCCGCAAAUCCACCCCCAAAUCCAAAACCCCCGCCUCCAAAUCCAAAACCCCCGCCGCCGAAUUGCCCGUCUCCGAAGCCUCCCCUCCCUCCUCCACGGCGGCCGAGACCCCCGCCUCUCAAUCUACCCCUUUUGCCAUCGCCCCGCUGGCCGAGUUCGCCACCACCUCUCCGGCGGUCGCCGAAACCCCCGUAACGAAGCCCGCCACCACUCCAAUACAGGCCUCCACUGAAACUCCGGCCUCGGAGCCCGCCGCCGCCCUCGAGGUCACUCCGGAGAAUGUCACUAUGGAGGCCUUUGAAGCUGAGGCCAGUCUGGAGGCCUCCGGACCGGCUGCCGCUGAAACCCCCGCGGAGGAACCCGGCGUCGCGAAGGAGAAUGUGACCGUGGAGGCCUCUGAACCUGCGAAGCCCACCAGAAAGACCACCCGGGUAGUAAAGGUGGUGAAGAAGAAGAUCAUCAAGAAAAGAGUUCCAAAGGCAUCGCCUGCGGCCAAAGAGGAGGAGAAAGCCCAAGAAGCAGGAGAUUUACCGGUGGCGGCAGCAGACGAAAACCCUGCCGAGCAGCCUGAACCUGAAAAUCCUAGCUCUGAUGUGGUAGCUAGCGAGGCUCCUGCUCGGCAGGAGGAUGCAAUGGAGAUGGAGAAUCUUGAUUCUAGAGAGGAGAACAAGGAUCUUCCAGAAGAACAGGAUGGGGGAGAGGGAGUGGAGGCGGCAACAGCCGGUGCUCCAAGAGAUGAGGAAGCAGGGAUAUCAGAGCGGCAACGGCGGAGGAAGACAGAGAUCUUCAUUGGAGGGCUGGAUAGAGAUGCCAAGGAGGAAGACAUAAGAAAGGUGUUUGGGAAGGUUGGAGAGAUCGUGGAGGUGCGGAUGAUGAUGGAUGGGCAAACAGGAAAAAACAAAGGAUAUUGUUUCUUGAGGUACAGGGAGGCAGCUCAGGCUAAGAAGGCUGUCGCAGAGUUUGCCAAAGUAGAGAUUUGUGGGAAGCUUUGUGGAGCUGCAGCUCUUGAAGGGAAUGAUACAAUAUUUCUUGGGAACAUUGACAAAAAGUGGAAAAAAGAAGAUGUCAUCAAGCUGUUACAGGAAAUUGGAGUUGAGAAGAUUGACACUGUUACAGUCAUGGCUGAUCCUAAUAAUGCAGAUUCCAAUCGUGGAUUUGCAUUUCUCGAACUUGAAACUAACAGAGAUGCACAAAUUGCUUACAAAAAACUUCAGAAGAAAGAUGCUUUUGGCAAGGGUCGGAAUAUUAAGGUUGCUUGGGCUGAACCAUUGAAUGAUCCAGAUGAAGAGGAGAUGCAGAAGGUAAAAUCAGUUUAUGUUGAGGGUAUACCAUUAUCUUGGAAUGAAGACAAAGUGAGAGACUCCUUCAAAAAAUUUGGGGAGAUUGAGCGUAUCGUCCUUGCACGUAAUAUCCCAUCAGCUAAGAGAAAAGAUUUUGCCUUUGUUAACUACACAAUACGAGAGGCUGCUGUUACAUGCAUCGAGUCAUUUGAUAAGGAGGAAAUAACUGAGAGUGGCUUAAAGGUAAAUCUUAAAGUAUCACUAGCUAAGCCUGUGCAAAAGGGUAAACAGAACAAAGGAGGGUCAAAAUCGAGUAACAAGGACAAAGAGAAACCCAAGGCAGUCCAUCGUGAAACAAAUGUCACUGCUUCUUCCAACAAGGGAAAGCCUUUCAAGGGUGCUCAUACUACUAGUGGUGGGGAUAAGAAAUCUUCUACAACUCAUGAACUUCUGAGUGUUUUGAGGGAGCAGGCCACUUGGAAACAGGGACAGAUGGGUUAUGCUAGAGGUCCUGCUGUCCAAGAAUAUCCACAUGUGGUACCUGGAGGAAAGCGUGCUUUUUCUGCAAUGGGAGAUGAUGCACUGUAUUCUGAUUUGAGAGGGUAUCCUCGUGCCCGAUUUGAGGGUUCUUUCCCAAUUGCCGGCUCAAGCUAUGGUGCACCGCCCCAUGGCACAACUGGAUCUUCUCUGCCAUACUACCAGCGUCCUGCGGGUGCUGGAUAUGCUAGUGGUUCUGUUUAUGGGACUACAGAGUACCCAAGCACCCUUCAGAUUAGGCAAGGAGCUCCUCCAUAUGGAAGCAGCCCAUAUCCCAGAUAUUGAUUGAAAUACUGGAAUAUAUAUUCUCUCUAUUCAACCUUGCAGCAAUCAUUUGGGGAUACUCUGGUGCGGUGCCCCCUCGGAACUUCAAACGUAUAUAUUUUUGCUGAUAGAAUGCGCAAGUUUCUGACACAACCUUUGAUCAGCUUUAGCCAUUUUGUCUCUAAAGCUUUUAAGCUGUAUCUACCAAUGCAAUCAAAAUUUCUCUGUAUUAGCACCUGGAUUUUGGUGCUCCAGUGAAAUUGCUAUGCCUUUCUUUUAUUCCUUCUCUUGAGAUGGAUACAUUAACCAUGCUGAGUUGUUGAUAUUUGCUUAUGUUUCAUGCUCUGUGCUUAUGAUUGUUCUUGCAUAGGCGAUGACUGAACAAGUAUACGCUAGUAGGUCAAGACUUGGUAUGUUGAUUUAUAUAAUAUAAUGACUUAAAGCAAA